UUCUUUUAUUUACGUCAUUGUUAUGCGACUACUGGCUUUAAGCUAGCGAAAACGUUAGCUAAAUGGUCGAAAAUACCUUCUGUUGGUAAAUAAUAUAUUAUACACAUAACUUUAUUUGCCAUAUGAGCGGCGUUAUCCGUCUUUGUAGAAAGGUGUUGAUAGGUUUGCAUUUGGUAGAAAACUGUGACGUGCAGCUAGCUACCUUGCUAGGCUAUAGCUAACGUUAGCAAACUAGCAUUCAGUGAAACUUAAAAGGUUAAACGUUUCCUUAGUUUUUACCAAUUGGUGUUUCUGAUGUAUUCGGUCUCUAAUAAUUGCAUGUUAGUUAAAUACGUAUUAAAUAGUUGGUUUACGAGCACGUGCGCGACAAAGCUGCACUCCACCUUUGCAAGUCUAACCAAUCAAUCACUCAUUGGCUCUUAUUAUUGGACGUUGCAAAAAGAAAGUGUUUAUUAUUAGUCCUGUUACUGUUGCAGAAUGAGUUAGGCAAUGACCAGUGGUGGAAAAAGUAUCCAAUUGUCAUACGUGAGUAAAAGUUAACAGAAAAUGACAAGUAAAAGUGAAAGUCACCCAGUAAAAUACUACUAGAGUGAAAGUAUCAAAAGUAAAUGUAAUUACUAAAAUAUACUUUAAGUAUCAAAAGUGUGAAUAAUUUAAAAUUCCUUAUAUUAAGCAAACCAGGUGGCACAAUUUUCUUGUUUUCAAAAUUAAAUUAAGUGUUUUGUGAGUCUGCCAGAUCAGAGGCAGUAGGGAUGACCAGGGUUGUUCUCUUGUGAAUUUGACAAUUUUAUGUCUCGCUAAACAUUCAGAAUAUAAGAAGUACUUUUGGAUGUCAGGGAAAAUGUAUGAAGGAAAAUGUAUUUUAUUUUGGAAUGUAGUGAAGUUAAAGUAAAAGUUGUCAAAAAUGUAAAUAGUGAAGUACAUAUUCCCCCCAAAACUACUUAAGUAUUCCCCCCCCCUUGUAUCUUCUCAUAGUUGGGCUCUAGGCUGUGAGUGACACUGCCAGGGAGAGAUGAGGAUACGGCUGCAGGGCUUAGGCCAUGCCGCCGGCCUCCUCACCGAGCUCAAUCACUGCCGUCUCUCCCGCCUCUUCUGUGAUGUCAUCCUCCAGGUGGGGAGUCGCUCCUUCACAGUGCACCGUGCGGUGCUCGCCUGCGCUGGGACACACUUUCGUAGCCUGUUCUCAGGUAGGGGGAAACAGAUCGGAACCUCUGGAGCCGGAGCUAAGACAACAUACUCUCUGGACUUUGUGUCCCCGGCCAACUUUGAGAAGGUGCUGACGUUCAUCUACACCGGAGAGAUCUUCACAGACCUGAUAGAUGUAGGGGUGCUGUAUGAGCUGGCAGAGAGACUGGGGGUGAGAGAGCUGGUGAGAGCCUGUCACACUACCUUCCCUGACCUGCAGCAGCUGGGCUCAGGGUCUGCAGACUGUGUGGCGGAUGGAGACCUGGACUCUGACAUGGUUGCUGCUGCAGCUGGGUCAUCAAUGUGUUCGUCGUCUGCAGCAUCUUGUUCCUCUCUGUCGUCAUCUGCUGGUCCCUCGGCUGCUCCUACCCCGGCGUCAGCACCAUCACCUCUCCCUCUCCCCCAGGGCAGCAGGGUGGCCAGGCUGGGCCGGGGUGGUGGACACACAGCCACUCUGUCCCUGCCUCUCAAAGCAGAGGAUGAGCAGUCUCACCUGGGCUAUGGACAGAUGGCCGAAGACAAACAGAUACAGCUGGCUGGAGAUCAGCAGAGUUCAGUAGGUAGUCUCUCCACUGUAGCUGUUGGGGCCACCCCAGGACUUCUCCUUCCCUUGCAGCUGAAGACUGAGGAGGGCGUGGAGGUGGUGAUGGGAGACAUGGUUGGUAAUAGUGUGGAGGAACAGAUGGUAGCUAGUGGGAGUAGAGCUGGUUCUCCAACUCCAUGUGUGUCUGACGCCUGCUCCUUCCCUGACUCGUCAGCCCAGCUAGGAAGGGUGGUCUGUGGGGUAGAGGCUCCCUGCGCCCCCUCCUCCUUUAGAGACCCCCUGGACAGUCUGCAGUUGGGGGGGGUGGGUGGGCUUAGCUCUGGCCACACAGGGGUCAUCUUCGAAGGGGGGGAGAAUGAAGAGGAAAAGAGAGAGCAGCUGCAGGGAGACGAAGAAGUCACUGACGGAGGAGAAGACCAGUGGAGACCCCUGGCUGAAGAUGUCAUUGAGCUGAGCGAUGACGAGAAUUACAUGGAGGAGGAAGAAGAUGAGGACUUUGUGUGUGUGGAGAAUGGAGCAGUGGUUGGCAGAGAGGGAGUGGACCCUGGCCAGUUGUCGGGUAUGGUGGCGUGUAAAGCCUGUGGGAUGGAACUGUUAACAGAGUCUGCUGCACUGGGGGCCCACGCGGAGACCCACCUCACUGAGACAGGGACCUGCAGGGUGUGUGGGGCAUCUUUCCCCGGGGACCGCGGGGCUAGCAUCACCCACGCCCUGUCCCAUGUGGUGUUCUCCUGUGACAUGUGUCAUCUCCAGUUCUGCAGCCAGGCCAAGCUGGUACGCCACAGACGCCAGGCGGCUGCUCGGUACACCCUCCCCAGUCAGCUCCACACCGCCACCCAGGGGCACAAUGGGGAGCUGCAGUGUGCCGUCUGUAACAAAACCCUCACCAAGGAUUUCCAGGUCAUCAGGGAUCACCUGCUGAGUCACGUGUCUAUCCAGUCACUGAGCUGUGGUGUGUGCCUGUUACCCCAGCCCUCCCUGUGUGCCCUGCUGUGGCACGCCCUCACCCACCUCUCCCUGCCAGUCUACUCCUGCCCCCUCUGUGCCUGCGGCUUCCUGGAUCGCCCUCUGCUGGACAGACACAUGGCCCUGCAUGCCGAGGAGGCAGAAACUGACAGAGAGGCCAUGAGGGCUCAUAAAGCAGCCGGGGCAGAGGGAGAGGAGGAGCUUCGUUGCUUCUUAUGCCCACAGACCUUCCGCUCUGGCACAGCCUUCCAGUACCACCUGAGUUUUCACACCAAUGAGACCCAGCCCCAGGGACAGGGCAGUCAGGGGUGGACAGGGAAACGUAAGGCUGACCAGCUGGAGUACUCCUGCUCCUCCUCCUCACCCCUGGAGGCUGGCAGCCUGGGGAAGCUUGGCAACAUGGGCUUAGACCUGGGGAUGGGCUCCUUCCGCCUCUCAGACAAGCUGCUUCAGGGGGCCUUGGCAUCUGGCUUCUCCGCAGGCCUCCUGUCCAAUGGGAACUCCUCUAGCAUGGGUGGGUUGGGCAUGGGCGCCGCUACUCCCCGGGGGAAAUGGUACCGCUGUCGCUUCUGCGGCAAACGCUUCGCCCACUCUGGCGAGUUCACCUACCACCUGCGCAUUCACACUGGGGAGAAGCCGUACCAGUGCAAGGUGUGCCUGAGGUUCUUCCGAGGCCGCUCCACCAUGAUCUGCCACCUGAAGACCCACGACGGGGCGCUCAUGUACCGCUGCACUGUCUGCGGCCUGUAUUUCUCCACGCUCAAGCUGGUGUCCUCCCACAUGGAGAUCCACAAGGACCACCUGCCUCCAGACUUCAACAUAGAGCAGACCUUCAUGUACAAUGACCACUCCAAAGAACCCCUCCCCGCCCUGGACACCUGAUCAGCUACUCCUCUGGUGUCCUUCUACCUUCAUCUCGCUUUCACUUUUAUUUCCAACGUCUUUUUUUGUCUUUGAGCUGGUCUGUCAUGCUCCUCCUCUUCUCUCUCUCUUUCUCUCUGCUUGUGAGCCUUAUCUAUAGACUUGUAGAAUGCAUUUAACUUGUUUUAUGUCUGUGUUUGAGAUGGUGUUUUGGAUGGAAGAGACCUGUUUUGUAGCAUAGCGUAAAGGACAUCUUCCUUGGAAGUAGUUUAGCCACUUGAUGGCAGUAUAUGCACUGUUGUCUAUGGAAGGACUUAUUACCGUUUACUGUUUGCAAGCUGUCUUCAAGUCAGUUGGAUUUUCCUAAAUUGCAGUCAAACAUUUUCCUAAGUGUACUAUUACUCUGCUUUACAAAAAGUGGUGUUUUUCUGUCAGUUAAGCACCAUGUAUUCAUUUAUAUAUGAAACACAUGAUGGACCGUCUGUGUCUGUCUGAGUGAAACACCAUAUUUACCACUGUGCACCAAGCGUUAAAGGCCCAGUGCAGUCAAAAACGUCAUUUCCCUGUGUUUUAUAUAUAUUUCCACAUCAUGUGGUUGGAAUAAUACUGUGAAAUUGGGACAAUUAUGGUUGUGAAAAGACGACCUGAAAUUCCAGCCUGUUUUAGUGGGAUGGAGUUUUUGCCUGCCUGGUGACAUCACCAGACGGUAAAUUACUUAAUAGACCAAUAAGAAAAAGUUCCAAACCUCUCUGCCAAUUACUGCUAAUUUUCAGUGUUCCCCUCAGACAGUCCUAGCAAAGUUAUUGCUUGCGAAAUUGUUCUUUGCUAAGAAGCUAUUUUAGUUUAUUUUUACCAUUUUAAUUGAAAAGAAUCACAGUAAGUUACUUCAUUGUUACCCAGAAAUGAUUUGAUAUUGAGAUAAAAAAAAGUCUGCAUUGGACCAGUAAGUGUACCUGACCAGUCAUACUGUACUUUGCAACCAAUGAAUGUGGCCUUAAUGUAUCAGUUCCCUUGGAAACCAUUUAGGUAUGUUUUCCUCCAAGCAUUUUACUUCUUUAGUGAUAGACUAUUUAUAAUGCAAACAUGAUACUGUGGUUCAUGUAGACUGUAUGUAUUAGUGAUCAGAUGAUAUGAACUAAACAAACAUGAUACUGUGGUUCAUGUAGACUGUAUGUAUUAGUGAUCAGAUGAUAUGAACAAAACAAACAUGAUACUGUGGUUCAUGUAGACUGUAUGUAUUAGUGAUCAGAUGAUAUGAACAAAACAAACAUGAUACUGUGGUUCAUGUAGACUGUAUGUAUUAGUGAUCAGAUGAUAUGAACAAAACAAACAUGAUACUGUGGUUCAUGUAGACUGUAUGUAUUAGUGAUCAGAUGAUAUGAACAAAACAAACAUGAUACUGUGGUUCAUGUAGACUGUAUGUAUUAGUGAUCAGAUGAUAUGAACAAAACAAACAUGAUACUGUGGUUCAUGUAGACUGUAUGUAUUAGUGAUCAGAUGAUAUGAACAAAACAAACAUGAUACUGUGGUUCAUGUAGACUGUAUGUAUUAGUGAUCAGAUGAUAUGAACAAAACAAACAUGAUACUGUGGUUCAUGUAGACUGUAUGUAUUAGUGAUCAGAUUAUAUGAACUAAACAAACGAUGGCUUCCAGCAUUUCAAAAGCACCACAUUAUGCUCUGUAGACUUGCAUACUUUGGAUUUGAUUUUUAAACGUAACUCGUGUUUGUGUUCUAUUUGGUGUCUUACCUCAUUAUGAAACGUUUUAUUCGAUUAAUGCUGUUUUUUAAUUGUAAUUUGUAUGUACUUUUUUAGUGCAAACUAUGAACGUUUUCCAUUAUCUAUACUGAACAAAAAUAUAAAUGCAACAUGUAAAGUGUUGGUCCCAUGAAAUAAAAGUUCCCAGAAAUGUUCCAUA